AUGCCUUUUGGUGUGACUAAUGCUCCAGCCAUUUUCAUGAACUACAUGAUCAAAAAUUUUAGACCGUUCUUAGAUAAAUUUGUUAUGGUCUUCAUAGACGACAUACUGAUUUAUUCUAAGACUCGAGAAGUGCAUGAAGAUCACCUUAGAACAGUACUUGGAGUGUUGAGGGAGAGAAAGUUGUAUUCAAAGCUGUCUAAGUGUGAGUUCUGGAUGGAAGAGGUUAAUUUCCUAAGGCACGAGAUUUCAGCUGGUCGAAUUUCUGUUGAUCCAUCUAAGGUGCAAGCAGUACUUCAGUGGGAGAGACCUAAGACGGUUACUGAAGUCAGAAGUUUUGUGGGUUUGGUGGGAUACAAUCGUCGCUUUAUUAAGAACUUUGCACGGAUUGUAGCACCAUUGACACAAUUGACUAGGAAGGAUCGACCUUUUGCUUGGACUAAUAAGUGUGAAGCUAGCUUUCAAGAGCUAAAGCAGAAGUCGACCAGUGCAACGGUAUUACUGAGUGAGAUGAUCAUAAUCUCAUUUUUUGUUGAGAUUUAUUUUAGUAAGUGA